AUCAAUGAUCUUAAACAAUAAUGCAGUCCAUUGGAGAAUCUGAGUAUACAAAUAAAGCUUGAUGUCUCCUAAUUAAAUCUGUGCCCAACCAAAAAUUGAGUGGACAAGGUUACUUCUUUGCACAAAAAUAUCUUCUCCUAUAGUACUACAAAAUUGAGUAAAGUUUUUCUAUAGAACACUUUACUUUGUUUAAUAGUUAUGGUCUAUGAUCCCAAGUGAUAGUGGUUUCUUCUCCAUGACUACUGGUCACCCUUGUUUCAGUUAUGAUGUUUUUUUAAGUUUUCGAGGUGAAGAUACCCGUAAAACAUUUACCGAUCACCUCUACGCAGCCCUAAAGCAAGCAGGAAUCCGCACCUUCAGGGACGAUGAUGCAAUGGACCGAGGAAGACGACUAGAGCCAGAGCUGAAAAAAGCAAUUCGUGAGUCAGCAAUUUCGAUCAUUGUCUUCUCAAGAAACUAUGCAUCUUCCAAGUGGUGUCUUGAUGAGGUCUUAACGAUCAUUGAAGAACAAGAGAGACUUUCCUCUAAGCAUGAAGUUGUUCCUGUUUUCUACAACGUGGAGCCAUCGGAUGUCCGGAAUCAAACUGGAAGCUUUGAAGAAGCAUUUGGUGGGUAUGAGAGUAUGAUUGAGGCAGAAACAGAUUACCAGAAGAAGAUUGAAUUGCAGGAAAAGGUGAAGGCGUGGAGGAUUUCACUUAAAAAAGCUGGAAGCUUGACAGGAAUGGUAUUAGCGAACGGACAUGAAGCCAAAUUCAUUAGUAAUAUUGUUAAAGUGAUAAGAAAGAAACUCAACUGCAAGCUCUUGUACAUUGAGGACAAACUAGUUGGAAUAGAGGACAAUGUUGCUGAUAUUGAAUCAUGGUUGCAAGAUCCAUCACCUAAUGCAGUUUUCCUUUUUAUUCACGGGAUGGGAGGCAUUGGAAAAACAACCAUAUCAAAAUGCAUCUUUAACUCAAACUACCGUGAGUAUGAUGGCAGUUGCUUUCUUGCAGACAUUCACGAGUCCUCAAACCAAAACAACGGAUUGCUGCGUUUGCAAUGUCAGCUUCUCUCCAAUUUAUUAAGGAGUAACAAGGAAGAAGUUAUAUGGAAUCUUGAUGAGGGAACCAUUAAGGUUAGAAACGCCUUAUGCAAUAAGAAAGUACUUCUUGUCCUGGAUGAUAUCACAACAAGGCAACAAUUAACAGCACUACUCGGGCCACAACAGUUUUAUCCUGGAAGUAAAGUGAUCGUUACAACAAGGGACAAAGGCUUGUUAAGUUUUUUUGAAGUAAAUCCGAAGGUCCAUGCUAUUGAACAACUAGGCCCCAAUGACUCAAAUAAGCUCUUUAGUUUGUAUGCCUUUCAAAGAGAUCACCCUAUUGAACCCUACAUGAUCCAAUCGGAACAUGUAGUUCAUCAUUGUAGAGGGCAUCCUUUGGCUCUUAAAGUAUUGGGUUCUUUUCUAAAUGGAAAGACCAUAGAUGUGUGGGAAGACGCAAUGCGUAAACUAGAAGCAAUUCCGGAUCCUAAGAUUCAAAAAGUUCUACAAUUGAGCUAUGACACUCUUGAAGAAACCAACGAUCAAGAUUUAUUCCUACAUAUUGCUUGUUUUUUUGUGGGUGAGGAUAAAGAAUUCAUUGUGAAAUUGUUAGGCGAAUGCGAUCUGUACCCUAUAGUUGGGAUCCAAAAUCUAAUGGAUAGAUGUUUGCUUUACAUUGAAAAUGGGAGAGUGAUGAUGCACCAACUAAUUAAGGAAAUGGGUCAAGAAGUAGUUCGCAAAGAAUCACCAAGGGAUCCCGGGAAAAGAAGUAGAUUAUGGCACCAUCAUGAUUCGUAUAAUGUACUAAAAGAAAAUGGAGGUACAAGGAAGGUACAAGGACUUGCUCUUGAUAUGCAAAGGAUCAAGGGAAUGAAUUCAACUUCAAUUGUAAUUAGGGACAAUGGAAGAAAACGUAGUUUUGAAGAUUUUAGUGGUCGUACCAUCCACACAAAUAAUGAAAACUUCAAGGUUGGAGCUAUAGAAAAGAUGAAGAAUCUAAUGCUACUUCAACUUGACUACGCAACAUUUUCUGGUAGCUACAAGAAGUUGCCCAGAAAGUUACGAUUGCUACGCUGGCAUGGAUUUUCAUUAAAAUCCAUACCAAGUGAUGUACCUUUUGAGAACUUGGUAGUUCUUGACUUGCGUUACAGCAAAUUAAAAGAAGUAUGGGAUGGGUUCAAGGUGGUUGGAUCCCUAAAAAUUCUUAAUCUCAGUUAUUCUGUGGAGCUAAUUAAAACCCCUGAUUUUGAUGGACUCCCUAGAUUGGAGAGUUUGCACCUUGAAGGAUGCUUAAGUUUGAAUCAGGUUUGUGAAUCCAUAGGGAACCUUGAAAAACUGGUCUUGUUAGAUAUAAGUGGUUGUAGAAGUUUAAAAAAUAUUCCAUUCUUACCAAGAUCUUUGUUAUCACUUAAUAUGCAUGGUUGCUCAAACCUUGGAGGUCUUGGGCAAGUUCAAUGCAUGGAUUCAUGUUCACUCUCUUCUCUUUUAGUAGAUCUUGACAUCUCACAAUGCAAUCUCUUCGAUAAGUCUUUCCCAGAGGAUUGGGGUAACCUCUUCUCAUUGAAGUGCUUAGAUAUAAGCAAUAAUCAUAUAACUUCCUUACCAGGUUGUGUCAAACGUUUACCUAGUCUUAAAGUUCUCAAAGCUAUAAAGUGUUCACAUCUUCAAAAAGUUCUAGAUGUCCCAAAAUCCGUAACAGAGCUAAGUGUCUCUGAGAAUAUGUCCUUGGAAAUAGUGCAACCAACACCAAAUCCCUUAGCCUUCUUGUUCGCUGGUGAGUGCCAAAACCUGUGCGCAGUGGAGGGCUGUUUUAAGCUUGAAUCAAUCCAAAGCGUUGACAGGAAAAUUAUAAGAUAUCUUGGAUUAGAAUCGAUUUCAGAAAAUGGAACGGGGUUCAGAGGUGAUAAACAAAAUGCAUAUACAGAAGAGGUCUCCAUCAAGGUAUCCUAUGAGUUUGGUAUAUUCAGUACCUAUGUUUCUGGGAAAACACUUCCAUGUUUUAGGUAUAAAGAAACUGGAUCAACAGUAUCAUUUAGAGUUCCUCCACAUCCUAAUGGUUCAAAAACAAUUGGUCUGAAUGUGUGUUUCAUGUCUACUUCAAAUUUUGGAAGAUCAAUAAUUAGGGAGGUUGAAGUAAAUAAUAAGACCAAGGUCUUGGUAUGGAAAUACACUCCUACAAUACAAAUAACAUGUAAGAAAAAGGGUGAGUUUAAUUAUGUUUGGUUAAGCGUUUGGCGGACUGACAAUCUACUGGAUGACGGGGACGAAAUUGUUGUAAGCAUCAACCUGCAAGGAAGCGAUAUAGUAGAGGAGUGUUGUGCCGACCUUGUGUACGAUGAUGAUGAAGUUGGGGAGGAUAAGCAAGAAGAAAUGGAUGAAGAAACAAAGGACACCUGUUGCAUGUUCAAUCACAUUUCAUGGACUGACAAGCUUCGAGUAGAGAUAUCAGAUUAUGUUCAUAGUGGGAAAACAUAUUGCUUUAAGAUUGGUGGUGCUACCGAUGUUCCUAAUAUAGAUGGUAUUUAUGAUUUAAUUGUGGAUUGGUGGGGCCUAAGGGAAGACUGGAGAUGCAGAAUUAUUCAAGCAUGCGUUCCAAGUGAGAUUUGAUGAAACAAAACAGAAACCACUUGAGAUUUAGUUGUUGGGGUAAUAGAGAAGAUGGUAACCAAAGGACUUUUAGCCUUGUGAUAUCAAAUACUGUUCAUAAUGGUGUUUCUCCCUAAGUUGUAAGGGUUAGUGGCGAAUACAAAAAUUUUCUCUAA